UUACAUCAACUCAGUGAGGUUUAGCUGUGAGAAAUAUGGAGAUUAUGAACACUUGCUUGGGGGCACUGUGUACUUGCAUCCAGCACCCUACUGUCAAAGAAAAACUAAGAUCCAUUACAAGCCCCAAAGAUUUUUUAGAUGAGGCAGAGAGGAAAUUUCAAGAUCUCAAAGCUAAUUGUGUCCUCCGAGAUGAGGAAUUAGUGGCCGAUAGGCCUGGGAUGCAACUCACAGAUCAAGUUCAAAGAUGGCAUAACAAGGUACAUCAUCAAGAGAAAGAAAAUAUGAUAAAUCAAAUGAAGGAUGAUUACAACGAUAGAGGUUGCCUUCUUGGAAGUUGCUCUCUCAAUUUAUGGGCUAACUACAAAAUUAGCCAAAGUUCAAUCAAGUUGUUCAAAGAGAUCAAUAACUUGAGGACUGAACAUGAUGCUUUCCAAGAAAUAACAAAAACACAAUCUCCAAGAGCAGUUGAGGAGAUCCUCACUUCAACAAUUCCUGUGGGAAACAUAAUAAAGUUAAAUCUCAAGAAAGUUUGUAGUUAUUUGGCAGAUGACACUGUAUCAAUGGUGGGUAUUUGGGGCAUGGGAGGAGUCGGAAAGACAAAUCUCUUGAAUGAAAUCAAUAACUCAUUACAAGGUGGUGAUGCUUACAACAUGGAGUUCAAGUAUGUCAUUUAUCUGGUAGUUUCAACAGAACCUCAAUUUGAGAAACUUCAAAAGGAGAUAUCUGAAAGGCUGGGAUUGCAACCUCCUUACUCUAUGAAGAAUGAUAUAUUUGAGUUUUUGAAGAACAAGGACUUUUUGCUACUCUUAGAUGAUAUAUGGAAGGCAAUAGACCUUCCUAAAACCCUUGGAAUUCCACUUCCUCACCAUCAAAGCCAAAAUUGGGAAGACAGAGGUCCAAGGUACAAGCACAAGGUGAUCUUCACAACCAGAGAAGAUGAUGUGUGUGCUCAGAUGAAGGCUGACAAGAAGAUCAAAGUUGAAUGUUUGGAUAGAGAAGAAGCAUGGCAUCUUUUCAUGCAUCACACAAAUGAAGAGAUCAUCAGUUCCAAUGUUGUUAUUAAGAAACUAGCAAGGGAAGUUAUGGAGAGGUGCGCAGGCUUACCACUUGCCCUUAAAGUCAUUGGUCGAGCCAUGUCGAAUAAGAAGACACCUGAAGAGUGGCGUCACAUGCUGAAGUUGUUAAUCAAGGUGGACAUCAAGACCGUCACUGAUAUCGAAGAAUCAUUGUUCCACAACUUAAAGGUCAGUUAUAAUAAUUUUGUUAGUGAUACCUGCGAGAAUGUUUCUUGUGUUGUGCUCAAUGGCCUGAAGAUGAGCGUACCAGUCUAUGAUCUCAUAGAGCACUGGAUUGCACUUGGAUUGAUCAAUUACUUUGGAAACAUUGGGGAAGCCUUUGACGAGGGAUAUUCUAUUAUUGCAAAAUUAAAUGAAGUAUGUUUGUUGGAAUUGGGAUUUUACUUUAACUCUGGUGAUGAGUAUGUCAAAUUACAUGAUGUGAUUCGUGAUAUGGCGAUGUGGAUUGUAUCCGAGUGUGGGAAGAAAAAGAACAAAUGGAUUGUUUGUGGAAGAGGUGAUGAUUCAAGACAAUUUUCAGAGUGGGAAGCAGGCAAUUGGAAGGAGACAGAACUAAUAUCUUUCAAAGGUAUUAACUAUAACAAGACUCUCCAGAAAUUAUUAAGUGAUCAAAAUAUUGACGAAAAGGGCCAAGUUUCUUGUGCAUCAACUUCUCCAAGAUAUCCUAAUCUCCAAAGUUUAUUUCUAGGAGGAUAUUCUAAAUCGGAUCAUAUGUCCCGGCAGUUUGUUAUAAAUUUUUUCCCCCAUAUGCCAUCUCUCACGCACUUGAAUCUAUCUGGGAUACCUAUUACAGGUCUUUCAAAAGAAAUUCAAGUUCUAGUUAAUCUUCGAUACAUCAACAUCAGCAACACAAAAAUUCAAUCACUUCCAUCUGAACUAAAAGAGUUGAAGGAAUUAAAAUACUUCCUUUUCAGAUGUAAAUAUUAUAGAGGCAGAGGUGUUCUUAAGGUUGAUGGGUUAUCUACAUUAUCAAUGUUACCCAAAUUGCAAGUGCUUGUUCUUUAUGGAAAUACUUGUUUAGAAGCAGGUGACUUGAGGUUAUUGAUGGAGAGGAAUAGGAUUAAAGGAAUCAGUAUGCUAGUGGAAUUAGUUGAGAUUCUUGGUCUUCUCAAACAUUUGGCGACUUGGAAAAUAAGGUUGCACAACAUGCAGAAUAUGCAUACCCUCCAGUUUUGUGACCUGAGUUACAAACAUGAUGAGGGUUUGAUGGAGUUAGGCAUCACUCGAUGUGGCUUUGAGGAGUUGUUGAUAAAUGGCGGUGGGGUCAGUCUAAAGCGUAUCAAUUUGGGUAACAUUGCAAAGCUCAAGCAAAUCACUUGGCCAGCAGGAACAUUACCUAGUGAAGGCUUACUGAGGUUGACAUCUCUUUAUAUUAGUUAUUGUGAUUCUCUGAGGAGUCUUUCAUGGGUUUUGCAUCUCCCAUGCCUUAAGACAUUGAGUGUAAAAAGUUGUUCAGGAAUGGAGGGGUUGAUUGACCCUGCAGAGAUGCAACAAGCUUCAUCAGGCCUUCCUACCUUUCCUAGCCUACAAUCUUUGUCGUUAUCUUUAAUGGCGAAGUUAGUGAGCUUAAGCACAUGUUCAUUGGAUUUUCCUGUUUUGUCUAAACUAACUUUGUUCGAAUGUUCAAAGCUGAAGAAACUUCCUUUCAAGUCAUCCAUUGUUAAUAAUAAAUUCCAACUUGUGGAAGUGGACAAAAACUGUUGGGAGGAUUUGGAAUGGGAAGACACAACAAUCCGAUCUCACCUUGCAAGUUUUUCUAAUACAUUAUGAUUCAUGUCAACA